UAAGAAAGACCCCUUGAUGGUCAGCGCGAGGCUCUGUUUAACCCGGACUGAAAUUUUGGGAAGUUUGCGAAGCGCGGAGCUAGUGACGUAAGCAAGGGGGCGGGUCUCGGGCAUAUAAAUACAGGCUGGCGGCUCUGGGCUUCAUUCAUAAGACUGAGAGCUACCGCCACGGCAGGGACACGCGGAGCCUGGACUUGGGGAGUUGAUUAUUGUGAUUCUUCUUCUUGAGGAUCGUGAAAUUAAUUUUUUUCCGGAAAGAAAGUUUUUGGAAGAAUUCUUCUAGAUAUUUCUUCGUUUAUUUUGGAGGAGCGACUUUUUUCGUCUUCUUUAUUUCUCCCCUCCCCCGUGAGACUCUCCGGACGCGUGGAAGAGACCGCACCAGAAGCGAGUUCUGUACAGCGGGCAGCGCUUUCGGCCUCUGGGGGAGCGAUCCCCGCUUGCUCCUGGGUCCUACGGAACCUGGACUUUCAGGAGGUGCAGCGGCAUCCUGUAGGGGUCUGUACACUUAAGAAGGACUGCAUAGAAACUUUGCCACUGUUGGAGCAGGACGAAGGCCCUCCCGAGCUUCACCGAACAGCGUACUUUGGGGACGGCCUCGGCUCACCCCGGAAUCGCACCUUACUUACCCACCCGGCCAUAGCCUUGGCUUCCCGGCGACCUCAGCGUGGUCACAGGGCCCCCCCUGUGCCCAGGGAAAUGUUUCAGGCUUUUCCCGGAGACUACGACUCCGGCUCCCGGUGCAGCUCUUCACCCUCCGCCGAAUCUCAGUAUCUGUCUUCAGUGGACUCCUUCGGCAGUCCACCCACCGCCGCCGCCUCCCAGGAGUGCGCCGGUCUGGGGGAAAUGCCCGGUUCCUUCGUGCCCACGGUCACCGCGAUCACAACCAGCCAGGACCUCCAGUGGCUCGUGCAACCCACCCUCAUCUCUUCCAUGGCCCAGUCCCAGGGACAGCCACUGGCUUCCCAGCCCCCGGCAGUAGACCCCUACGACAUGCCAGGAACCAGCUACUCCACACCAGGCAUAAGUGGCUACAGCAGUGGCGGAGCUAGUGGCAGUGGCGGGCCUUCAACCAGCGGAACUACAAGCGGACCUGGGCCUGUCCGUCCAGCCCGAGCCCGGCCUAGGAGACCCCGAGAGGAAACGCUUACCCCAGAGGAAGAGGAGAAGCGAAGGGUUCGCCGGGAACGGAACAAGUUGGCAGCAGCUAAAUGUAGGAACCGGAGGAGGGAACUGACUGACCGGCUGCAGGCGGAGACAGAUCAGCUGGAGGAAGAAAAGGCAGAACUGGAGUCGGAGAUCGCUGAGCUCCAAAAGGAGAAGGAACGUCUGGAGUUUGUGCUGGUGGCCCACAAACCGGGCUGCAAGAUCCCCUACGAAGAGGGGCCCGGGCCCGGCCCGCUGGCGGAGGUGAGAGAUUUGCCGGGGUCAGCAUCCGCUAAGGAAGAUGGUUACAGCUGGCUGCUGCCGCCCCCGCCACCACCGCCCCUGCCCUUCCAGACCAGCCAAGACGCACCCCCCAACCUGACGGCUUCUCUCUUUACACACAGUGAAGUUCAAGUCCUCGGCGACCCUUUCCCCGUUGUUAACCCUUCGUACACUUCCUCGUUUGUCCUCACCUGCCCGGAGGUCUCCGCGUUCGCCAGCGCCCAACGCACCAGCGGCAGUGACCAGCCUUCCGACCCCCUGAACUCGCCCUCCCUUCUUGCUCUGUGAACUCUUUAGACAAAACAAACAGUCCCACAAGGGAGAGAGAUUUGGACGAGGAGGAGAGAGGGGAAGAGACAAAGAGGGCGUGUGGCCUCCCUGACUCUUCUGUCUGACCCUCUGCCGCCACUGCCGUCGGACAGGAGGACCUCCUUGGGUUUUGUGCAGGCCUCUUGUUUCUGUGCCCCGGCGAGGCCGGCGGGAGAGCUGGUGACUUUGGGGACAGGGGAUGGGGAGGGAAUGGAUACCCCCGGAUACCUGUUGGUCUUGUCACUUCAAUCCAACCUCUGGGGAUGGGUGGCGUGGG